GGGUAGGGCCAGGUUGCAGCUGCUUUUAAAAGAGGGGAAGAACGAAGCAGUUAUUUCAGUAGUGACGUGAGCUGUCAGAAGAAAGAUUGGAGUGCUUCACCCAGCUCCCCCGAGUAGCGCAGACGUCUUGCGGAGCCCAUCGAGGCUGGUGAUCCCAUCCUUUCUUCUCCACUACUCAAGUUCAUAGGAACCUACUGCCGCCGCCACCAUGAAUGAAAGCAUUAUCGAUUCGCUCGACAAGGCUCAAGUCGAUGGUCUCCGCAAGGCUUUCGACGCCUUCGACACGGACAAGAAGGGAGCCAUCAGCACAGACACGGUCUCCACCAUCCUGAGGAUGAUGGGCGUCAAGAUCUCAGAGAAGAACCUUCAGGAGGUCAUCUCAGAGGUCGACGAAGAUGGUUCUGGGGAAUUGGAGUUUGAGGAGUUCUGCGCCUUAGCUGCUAAAUUCCUUAUAGAAGAGGACGAGGAAUCCUUGAAAGCAGAGUUAAAAGAAGCCUUCCGUAUAUACGACAAACAAGGAGAUGGUUAUAUAACGACGGGAACGCUGAAGGAGAUCUUGCGGGAGCUGGACAACAAGCUAACAGAAGAGGACUUGGACGGCAUCAUUGAUGAGGUCGACGAGGAUGGUUCUGGUACACUUGACUUUGACGAGUUCAUGGCGAUGAUGGCUGGUUAACCUCUCUUCCUCUGUUCUGGCAUCUCAUAUUACUCACCACUCGCUCCUGAUUCACCUUAACUCCUUCUCCUCCUCCUUCACUCCUUCUACACUCACCUAGCUUCCAUCACAGUCUCCCAACACUACCUUCUCCUAGACUCUCAUGGCUACAAGAGCACCUUCAAACUCUCCUUGCCAGCCUUGACCACCUUCACUCGCUCCUCAAUCCACAUUCCCGUUCUCAUUUUCAGAGUUCAUGGAGAUGAUGACCGGCUAAUAACAUCUCCCUUAUCAAAAAAAUUAUUUUCGCCAACUUUGCCUUAGUAUUGCGCCACCUUCGUCUCUACUUUACUCUGACAUCCUGGCGUCUUUGGUGAUCUUAUCCAAUCAGUGUGUUAGGAGUUACGUUACCAGAUAGGAGCUACAUCAACGCAAGAAACUGCAAGAACGUGAAGAAAUCGUCUGAAGCCGUUGACAGCAACAGUAAUCAACCAUCUCAGUGAAGAGCAUCUCCUGGCUAUGAACACUUAACGUUGUGAAUAUAACCAGUUUGUUUCUUGAAGCAACCAAUGUACAAGUCACGGGACUGGACACUUAAACGACCUAUAACACGACCAAAAAAAAAAAAAAACACUAAAAUGUGGAUGUAAGUUGGUGACAGCUCGUCUCUACCAACCAGAAAUACUAAACUACUAGAGGAGCAGACCUGAGCAAGACGUUUCCUCCGGGAGGGAAAGGAAAAGAAAGUUUAACAAUAGGGGUAAACGCAGACUUUUUUUUUUUCUUUAGUUUUCUGGCGCUUUUCUGGAACUGCCAACAAAUAGAUUUUUACCGCCUGUGUCAUUUGUCUCUUUCUCAGUGAGUCAGUACCGAGUUAUCACAUCUGUGGCAACAACAUUAAACACAUACUACGGCAGUUUUUGUUUCAUUUUUUUCCACAUUAAUACUAGUUUUACGUUGUUUACAUUAUAAGUUUUGUAAAGCAUUAUUCUUCCAAGUUCAUGUUAACUCAGUGUUCAAAUAUGGUUCUGCUUUACUGUUUAAGAACGACAAAUAAAGUCACAAACUUG